GAUCCAAGACCUUGUCGAGCUGUCAACUUGCCUUUUGCAUCAACAAAACUAGACAUCGAUCCUUCAAUUCCCCACCCACGAGUGUCUGAUAAUCCUAUUUUGCUGUAACAAGUCAAAAUCUUGCCAACUACUAUUCCUAUCUAUCCCUGCAUCAUUAUAAACGCAUUGCCCCGGAGGCACGCCAGAGUCAAAAAGAUUGUCAUGGAACUUAUAGAAUUAGUCGAGGACGAGCCUACUGCCCGUCCCUUUCCGUGCGAUUGGCAAUCGUGCACACAAAGCUUUGAUCGAAAGUCCAAUUUACAGAGACAUUAUCGUUCACAUACUAAUGAAAGACCAUACGCUUGCUCUAUUCCUGGUUGCGGGAAGAGUUUCGUCCAGCAAAGCGCCCUGACUGUUCAUAUUCGAACACACACAGGAGAGAAACCCCAUCAAUGUCAGCAUAUCGGUUGUGGGAAACGCUUUUCGGAUUCGUCCAGUCUUGCGCGGCAUCGACGUAUUCAUACUGGGAAACGUCCUUAUAAAUGUGCCCAUGAUGGCUGCUCGAAGAGCUUUUGUAGAAAAACCACCAUGGUCAAACAUCAACGGAGAUCGCACCAGCAAGGAAUAAAUCCCAACGACAUCGACGACUGCUCUUCAGACUCUGACGACGACGAGUCUCCUUCCACUCCUCAGCACUCCUCGAUGACCUGGUCGCCCCAUGAGAUGGUCUCCAAGAACCAAGGACCGCCAAACGGACAUUUACAUCGUGCCUCCUCCUAUGCCGACUUUGAAUCCCAAUUCAAUGGUCACCACAUGCCGCAGAAUUACGGUAACCGGCAGAGAAUACCCGCCAGUGUUCCUCACGAAUAUGGUGGGACUCCCGCACCUGAGCAACAUGUGCACGUUCAGCUUGUCCAUCGGACAGUAGCCAUGCCACGUCAAGCAUACUAUGUCACCGAGGCAGGGAAUCCAGGUGUUGCUACCAUGACAAGCACCAGACCGCCUCAUUAUCAACUAUCACAACAAGUGGAACGGCCUCCCAUGGAACCUCCAUACACUGCAUCGGGAACUGCAACUUCCAUUCAAAGUAGUCAUUUUUUCCGCUACCCGGUGUUUUCCCAACCUCAGCAUAUUCCCGCAACGACUGGACACUACGCUCCAACAUCAGGACAGCCGCAUCAAGAACAGUGGUCACACUACGACCCACCGAUCGAAGCUACAACCAUCGGGCAGUUACCAGCAUACGGGACUGCAGUGUACGAUAUCUACGGGCCAAAGAUCGAGUUCGAAGAUCCUUAUUUGCAACUGCCCAUCAGCAGACUAGCGAGUAUGUGA